AUGGAUGAAGAUCAAGUCGAUGACCGUGGCCCAGGCAGGCAGAGGGACUUGGGGAUCAGUAGUGACGAUGAUAGUAUGGGAGAGGGAGAGGAGGGCGUUGAAGAGAGUGAAGAAGUGUCAAUUGCCCGUAGGCGCCAUGCAGUAAUUUUCUUAUGUGCCCAACAGCUCUCUCUUGCACUCAUCAGUCUUCAAACGGUUGCGCAAUCAGCAGCACUGGUAGCUACCAACCAACUCGACAACUCUCUACCCCAACCAUACCACACCUCUAUUUUGACAGGCCAUGGAUGGGUCCUUAAAUUACUGCAGGGCCAUCCCGACCGCAUUCAUGCUGAACUUGGUGUCAGGCGCCAUGUCUUCCUCAAGUUAAUUGACCUACUCAGACACCAUGAUUACAUCAACUCAAGGCAUGUCAGCCUUGAGGAACAACUCGCCAUCUUCCUAUACACAUCUGUCAUAGGCUUAUCUGUUCGCCAUCUUGGUGAAUGA